UUAGUUCACUGCCAAAGUAGUUAGUAAAACAUUGCUAUACAACUGAGUUGUUAACCUCCAAGGAUCUAACCAUGGCUCUUUCUAACACAACUGCCAGCAAGGAUAUCAAGCAAAUGAAAAUGAAAUCGAGGAAAAAACAUUUUCAAAAACAGAAGCAGAAGCUCUUUCGGGCAAAUGAGCCGUUUAUAAGCGUGUUUAUGUGGGGUGUCAACCAUACGAUUAAAGAGCUAUCAUGCAUGAGGAUGCCACUCAUGCUUAUGCCCGAUGAUUUUAAAGCAUAUUCCAAAGUGAAAGUGGAUAAUCAUAUAUUUAAUAAGGAAAAUUUGCCAAGCCACUUUAAGUUGAAAGAAUACUGCCCACUAGUGUUUAGAAGACUAAGGGAACGUUUUGGAAUCGCUGAUAAGGAUUAUGUGAGCUCACUAUGUGUGAACCAACCUUUCCGAGUGGAUGACAAAGGGCGAUCAGGUUCGCGUUUCCUUCAUUCAUUCGAUCAUAAAUACGUCAUAAAAACACUCAAUGGAGAAGACAUAGCAGAAAUGCAUGGCUUGCUACCAAAGUACCACCAGGGUUCGACCGUGCAGCGGGAGGCGAGCGACAAGGAGAAGAAGAAAGUUCUCCCCACGUUUAAAGACAACGACUUCGUCAAAGACAAUGUCAAAAUCUACCUAGACAGCGACGACAGAGGAGAAUUUCUUGCCAAGCUUAAAAGUGAUGUUGAGUUUCUCGCUUCCUUGAAGCUGAUGGAUUACAGCUUAUUGGUUGGAAUCCACGACUGUGAAAGACCUGAUCGUUACAAUGACGACUCCGAUGGUAUGUUGGAACCAGAAGGCAAUGGUCAUACAGAUGGAAGCCCAUGCGAGGACGAGAAUGCCCCAGUAUCAGCCACUCCUCCUGACUCACCGGGUGGAAUACUUGCCGAAGCUUGUCGGCAAGAUUCAACAAGUGGAGACGAUGAGACGCAGGAUUCGUUUUAUGCCGUAAAAAGCGCACCAGAUUCUCCGAAGAGUGCUGUCUACUACAUGGGUCUCAUUGAUAUUUUAACUCAUUAUGACACGAAAAAGAAAGCAGCACACGCUGUUAAGACUGCUAAGCAUGGGGCGGGCGCUGAGUUUUCGAGCAUCCAGCCGGCACAGUACAGCCGUAGGUUCUACGAGUUUAUAUGCGACCGAAUCGUCACCCCUACGUCCGCGUCAACUUAACUUAAUGCCAGCCCCUGCCCGCUUCUCAUUAUAUUCGUGUGCUGCAAAGUUCGGUCAAGUUCCAACCACGCCGCUGCUGGUCCUCACUUAUGCAGUAAAGCCCAGUUAUCACUGCUAUACGGGAAUCAGUGCACCACAUAUAGUAGGGUGGGGAAUAUGGGACACCGUUUAUCUUUUUUCUCAUUCUAAAAAACAUCCAAAAAAUUAUAAAACCAAAUCCUCACGCCUCCCAUAAACCGUUGUUAAUUGUUUAAAAGACGAUCAGGAUAUUUGGAUAUUGUGUGCUAAAGGUGUCCCGUCUUCCCCGACCCUAUUAUUUAUAUUGUAACCGAUGAAUCAUAUACGUCAUGGUUUUGAUUCGAUGUUUCUUACCAGUAAGUUAGUAGAAUCACUUGUCGUCUGUUUUACCUUUAUUAACCACAAUGGGAGUCUGUGACGUAAUCACAAGGAUCCGUGACGUAAUCACAUAGGUCUGUGACGUAAUCACAUAGGUCUGUGACGUAAUCACAAAGGUUUGUGACGUAAUCACAUAGGUUUGUGACGUAAUCACAUAGGUUUGUGACGUAAUCACAAACGUUUGUGACGUAAUCACAAAGGCCUGUGACGUAAUCAGAAGGGGUUGUGACAUGAUGACGACCCCCCCUACGCGUUUCCACGGUUGAUAUAUUCGCAUUCAUACGUCAUACUCGCUGUGUGUAUGUGUUGGUAUUAUUGUCGCGUAUGUCAUCGUAAGGUGGGGCAAGGUGGGACGCACAUAGUGGGGUAAGAUGGGACAUUAUUUGGGGUUGGGGUGAGAGGAGACAUUAUUUGGGGAUUGGGGUAAAAGGAGACAUAUUUUAUUCUAUUUUACCAAGUAAACAAAGAAUAUUUACAAAAUUAUAUAACCAUAUAUUCCCGCGACUCUAAAAGAGCGUUGUUGAUUGUUUAAAACACGGUCAAGAAAUAUGGAUUUUAGGUGCUAAUGCUUUCCCCACAGUAAAAUAUGGGAUAUUAUGAGCUAACGGUAUCCCAUCUUACCCCACAGUACCACAUGUUAAAUACCCGUACCAUGGCGGCCAUCUUGCUGCCCUUGUAUUUCUACCGUACCUGUUACUGAGGUUCCCUGCUUACCAGUCCUGAGGUUGCGUUUGUUGCUUUUACCGCCCGUUUACCGCUUAAUGAUAUGGCACAUUUAAAUUAUAUAAAUAUAUAUAUUUGUACCCACUAAGAUAUGAUUUAUGAACGUUGUGGCCGCGCCUAUUAUACGCUUUCGUGUAAAAUGCGCGUAAAAUGUUCACCACAAAUAUUUUUUGUAUCAUCCAUUAUAAAUCAAUCCCAAACUUUAUAAAUAUAUAAAAUUAACUGCAAAAAAAUGCAAUUUAUGAUCCUUUAACUGUACUAAUACGUUUUUUUGGUGAAAUUUCACCCAAAUUUAGACCCAAACCAAACACCUGCAGUUUGCCUGCAUACAUCUGCUCUUGUCAAAAAUCAGACCCGAAUUUUUCUCCGUAUUUUUUUUGUCAUCCCUGUUUCUGACUCGUUAUGGUGAACCCCCUUAUUUAUACGGUCACUGUGUGUAUACAUGUCCACGGCAUUAUGUUAACAACAUAUAGCUUCUCAUUAAUUAACAUAAAUAAACAACUUUAUUCGUACA